AUGUUAUGUCUUAGAUAUUUUAUUCCUAUGCUUCUGGUUGCUAAUGCAGCGCCUUAUGUUUUUUAUCCAGUAUUUAUUUUGGCUACAAUUGCUCGAAAAUACCCAUGCCCUUACUGUAUGAUUAUUUUGGCCAUCUUAGUCAAUACAAGGAGCCUUUGGAGCGAUUCACCUUUUUUUACACUAAGUCGGUACAUGUUUGAUCCAAAGCCUUUUCCCAAAGAAUUCAGCGAAGCUGGUUACAGGUUAAUAAGACUUUCUUGGUUACAAUGGGUCACUGGUAUACGUACGUUUCACAUUCCAUGGCUGGAUGUCACUGUUAAGAUGUAA